AUGGAUCAGAUCAAGAAGCGUAUGAACGCCCUCCGCAUUGAGGCCGACGAAUCAGCAGCCAAGGUCGAGGAGCUCUCCUCCAAGGUCAAGACACUUGAGCAAGAGAACCUCCAGAAAGAACAAGAGAUCACUUCCCUUCAACACAAGAACAGCGUGCUCGAGCAAGAGGUCGAGAAGUUCGAGAAGUUGCACGGCGAAGCUAAGGCUGCAGCGGACGAGAGCGCUCAACAUGGCUCCCAGAACGAUGCACUGCAGAGGAAGCUGCAACUGCUCGAGGAGGAGGCAGAGGAGAACGACAAGCAAUUGAGAGAAACCAACGAGAAGCUCCGCCAAACCGACGUCAAGGCUGGUCACUACGAGCGUAAAGUCCAGGCUCUCGAGGCGUCACGCGACCAGUGGGAGACCAAGUACGAGGAGAUGGCCAAGAAAUAUGCCGACACCAAGAAGGAGCUGGACGACUUUGUUGCUGAGAUUGGUAACAUCUGA